AUGAACUCACUUCCGUCCUGGAAGAAGAUCAGUUGGUACUCAUUCCGAGCUCUCCCCGCUACGCUCUGUCGUCGUAAUCAGAGCUCUCUGGAAUCUACGCACAGUUUCGCAUCGGAAGAAACCAUAUUUCGGUUCAACGAACCGAAGUUAUAUAGCCGCAGAUCGAAGCUUCUGGAAGCCAAGAUAUUUGUCGAAGCUUCCCGAGGAAGGAAGCUUCGCAAUCCACUAAAGAUAAACGUAAUAAAUGAAAUUUGAUUUUUUAAAAUGCAAAUAUAAUGUGUUUUCUAUUUUUUAUACUAUUUGUUUAUAAAAAAACGAGUAAGUAUUUGCAAUUUUGUCUUAAAGCCCCUCUCUUUAUUUGCAAUCAAAUAUGAUCUACAAAUCACAGACAAUUAUCCCAUGAAUAGGUGUAAAUGAUUUUUAAAAAUAUAUUAUUAAAAAAUCAUAUUAAAAAAAGAUAAAUGACUAGAGAAAAACAAGCAUUUUCGUAGAGUAGUAAGAAAUUUAAUUAAAUGGCUUAAAAAUGUAUUACAUUAAACUAUAAAAAAUACUUUCGAGGUCCUUGUGGGAAGCUUUCGAUAUCGGCCCGCCUCUGGGGCCGAGUUCAUCACAGACUCAUCUUUUCGGGGACGCGUUCCGGAGCCGAUUCCUCGUCUGCCGGCCAUCUAUGGAGGGAUCAAAGCCAGGUAUGUCUCCACGGAAUCCUCCUCCAAUAUCUCUCUCUCUUCUCAGAUCCACUGGUACAUGUUUUGUUUUCCGGAAGAACGAAGAUGUCUUCUCCCCUUCCUCGGGCUGUGAAAGUGAAACGGUUAUACCCUAAUGCGAUGCCCCCUUCCAAACGAGGCUCGAGUGACAACAGAUUCUCAGAAGUGUCCUGAAAGGCUAUGGCGAUUCUUCCUCCUGCGAGCAGGGAAGAAGAAGAAUCGGCCGGAUGGAAUCGAUUAGUCUUCUUUUUUCCGUCGAUGUCUCGAAAUAUUUUGUCACAUUCCCGGAGAUCAGUUUACAGUUAUUUUAACCAUUCUUCUCUGAUUACGAUGCACCGCUGUUUUAAUUCUCUAUGAUUCAGCAGAAGGGAGAUCGGCGACAAGUAGGCUGUCGAAUUGAUUUCAGACUUGGUGCCGAGAAUACCAUGAUCUCAGGGACAUCUGUUUGAUCGUUUAUAUGAGAUAUAUUUUUCUUUUUUUUUUGGAAUCUGAUUCAUCAUAAGGGGGAUGAUCUUUACUAAAAUGGCGAUGUAGUUCUUUUGUUGUUAAAUUAUUUCUCUGUGCAUCUGUCGGUAGGAGAAAAUCUAUCGGAUCUGUUCAUCUGCAAAUCGAAUCGUGGUUCGCUUUUCUGAAAUAAAUUCCUCUGUGCAUCCAAUGCUCGUGGUCGGGUUCAAUUUUUUUUAACAAUUUUCUUGCGUAAUUUUGCAGAGAAAGAUCAAAGAGCACCCAGUCCGAUGGACAGAGCAAAAGAAGAGAUUAAAGCGGUCUUCCACCACGAGAAGAUCCAUCACAAGGAGACUCACGGGACGAGCGACGACAUCGAUGAGAACACCCCAAUCGAUCGCGUCAAAGGCCCUAAUCUGCUCGAACGUGCCAAGGAGGAGAUCGAAGCUCUCAUUGAGGCUAUUCAUCCAAAGAAAUCAUCCGAAGACGAGAAGGCACAGUGA